CUGCCCAGAAGUCCCCCCGGGCGGCGGAUUGGACGUGGUGAGGCGGUUUGAGGCUUGGGGCAAAUACAAGGCUGCAGAUCGGGGCUCUAGAGCUUCCCUGCCACGUCGUUACAGCCCCCGGACCGUCCUGGGGCACCUGUUCUCUCCUUUGGAGCGCAAGAUCCUAGAGCCCUCGCCUGCCCCAGUGCGCCAGCGCCCGCCCUCCCGCGCUCUGCAGCCAUGGUCUGGCAGAAACUGGGCCCCGGCAACUUCUCCAGCUGCCCCAAUGGCUCCCGCCAGUGGAUAUGGGACGUGUUCGGUGAAUGUGCCCAGGACGGCUGGGACGAGGCCAGCGUGGGCCUGGGCUUGAUCUCCAUCCUCUGCUUUGCGGCGUCCACCUUCCCGCAGUACAUCAAGGCCUGCAAGACGGGCAACAUGGACCAGGCCCUGUCCCUGUGGUUCCUCCUGGGCUGGAUUGGCGGAGACUCCUGCAACCUUAUCGGCUCUUUCCUGGCUGACCAGCUACCCCUUCAGACCUACACAGCGAUGUACUACGUCUUGGCGGACCUGGUGAUGCUGUCCCUGUACUUCUAUUACAAGUUUAAGAACCGCCCCUCUCUGUUGUCUGCCCCCAUCAAUUCCUUGCUCCUGUUCACCUGGGGACUAGUGUGCACCACCCCGCUGCUGAGCAGCGCUGGCUCCGUGGCUGCCCCGAGGGAGGUCUUCAGGGGGCGGAAGCUCCUGUCUGUGGAGCCAGGCAACAAGCCCUUCACUCGGCAGGAAAUCAUUGGUUUUGUCAUCGGCUCUGUCUCCAGCGUGCUGUACCUGUUCUCCCGGCUGCCUCAGAUCCGCACCAACUUCCUGCGGAAGUCGACCCAGGGGAUCUCCUACUCGCUCUUCGCCUUGGUGAUGCUGGGGAACACGCUGUACGGGCUGAGCGUGCUGCUCAAAAACCCCGAGGUGGGCCAGAGCGAGGGCAGCUACCUGCUGCACCACCUGCCCUGGCUCGUGGGCAGCCUGGGCGUGCUGCUGCUCGACACCGUCAUCUCCAUACAGUUCCUGGUGUACAGGGACGCCGCCGCCUCAGAGCGCCAGCCCCUCCUCCCAGGCUGACCCGGACCCAGGCCACGCCCAGGUGACCCGAACUUCCAGGUUCCGCUUCAGGAGAGGAGCAGUGCGGUCAGUCACGGUGCUGUGGACCCUGGACUCGGCUGUGGAGGCGGCGGGGGUGGGGGCCACACUCCCAAAGCCUCCAGGGCCUGCUCUUCCCGAAGCCAACUGACCGGCUCUCCCAGAGCAAGGCGGCCCCUAGGGCCAGGCUCUGCCCGCCCUGCCUGCCAGAGACUCAGCCCCAUGCCCCCAGGGUCUGAGGCAGCCAGGACCUCCCCCCUGCGAAAACCUCCGCUCGCCUACCUCACUUGCCUCGGCUGGGCUGCCGGGGCAGGACGCGGCUGCGGCCGAGUGCC